CCUGGUAAUACGUCUCCAGGCGUCUUCCCUGCUGCUACAUCUGCUCCACAACUAGUGGUCGACGCUGUCGACAUCGUUGACCUGGUCUAUUGCAUACAGUCAUCCUACAAGGGUCGUCAAUACUCCAUAUUCUAGCGUAUUUGCAGCGCACGUUCUUGUCAACUCGGAGGCUCCCAGUCGUAUCACAGCUUGCAGUAAUGCCCUUUCGUCUCCCUUUCUCUCAGGGUUCAUCUGCUCGCCGUGAACGUACGCCGAGGAGCGGUGGAAGCUGGUGGCGCAGGUCUCGAUCUUCAGCUGCCGGAACGCCGGCGGAUGACCAUGAAUCCGUGCCUCCAUCAUCUGGGCAGUCGCUGCCGCGCAUUCAUGCUCCAGUGACAACGUCCUCGCCGUCGUCUUCUUAUUCUACACCCCACUCACAUGCUGACUCGCUACAGGAGCUGACUUCCAAUGCCACUUCUUCACAACCUGCCUGUAAUGGUGACGAUGGAAGUACUGGUGGGGCACCUCGUGGCGGGGGGCAACAUCACUAUCAUGGGCGUAUCCAUUCUAUCGACGAGGACGACACCCUGGAAAGUGAUGGGUUCCCUAACCCCUUCAAUGUCCCUGGCCCUCUCUCGUCUGCACCAGGCAAUCGCUCCCUCUCCGGACCUCUUACACAGCAGCCGGAUCUGUCAUCGCAAGCAAGCACUCCGCAAGAUUGGUUCCUUUCAGGACAAACGCAGCAAUCUCCCCAGCCACGCACGUGGCAAAACCGCGCCUUUGACGCCUUCAGAAACUUGACUCGUGCCAGGCAGAGCGGUAUCGCAUCGGCGAGUGCCGUAACAGGAGAGACGCUCGCCUCUCAGACUCUUCUCAUCUAUGUGAUCGGCGGGUUUUCUUCGGACGAUCAUCAUGUAAUCAUGGGUGGCAACUUGGACUCAUUCGAAGCGUUAUGGGAGCUAGCAGAGUUCCUAGGUCAAGUAAAGCCACCCACAGCUUCUAGAGAGGACAUCGAGAGGUCUGGGUUGGAAGUGAUCCAAUCCUCAUCCUUGGAAGAAUACGAAAAGACAGGGCGCAUUGCCAAUAAUUGUAUCGAAAGGUGCCUGAUAUGUCUGGAGGACUACACUCCCGAAGAACACAUUCGUGUGUUGACUUGUAAACAUGCGUUUCACCAAGCUUGUGUAGAUAGGUGGCUCGAGACUGGCAGGAACAAUUGUCCCGCGUGCCGUUCCAAGGGCGUCGAGAACACGAGCAGUGGGUCAUCCACAACUGCGGAUACCUCCACCUCAACUUCGAGAUCGACUUCGUAAUAGUUCAAGUUCAGAGCAUUGCGAGUGAGCUGAAUCAUCCACUCAUCCCAUUCUUUUCUGUAUACUCCACAUUCCUACGUAUCGUGUCUCUCAUUUUUCCGUGUAGCCAUUGUCUUGUCAUUCCCUAUCAUUCCCUGUUAUCGAAGCCUCAUAUUAUAUAUUUACUCAUUAGUGGCUUCGACGCAAUUUCGGAAAAAGCAAAUAGAAAAAGUAGAAAAAAGAAAAUCUCAAGUUAACCACUGGUCAAUCUGGAACCCAUAUCUCGUCAGCCCUCCUC